AUGAUGAACUCGAAUCCUUGCAGCGGACGUCGCUUAGCGAUCUUCUUCGGCGCUAUCGCAGUGCACUCUCAGCUAUUUGUUCAGGGCUUUCCUUCAGCCGUAGGCGGGAAACCCGUGGCCGAGAUGGAAAGCCUACCUUCAUCAUCAGCACACCAGCCACGACAGGACAUUCCAGACGUUUUGGCGAAAUUUUCAUCAGGACCUUUGAAUCAAUUUCUAAGAAUCAUCAGCACUCUUCCAGCAGGAGCGGCGGCGCUCGAUGCUGUGGGCAAGAUUUUGACGCCCUUGCAGCAGGGCCUAGCAGAGUCAGCCGGCCUCGAGACCACUGCAAACGACUUGGAGCGAAAUUCUGCCUGCGCCGACAUCACUGUCAUAUUUGCCCGGGGAACGACUGAGCCUGGUAACUUGGGUCUAGUCACUGGCCCACCAUUCAUGGAUGCUUUAAAAGAGCGGUUGGGGGGCAGAUCUCUCGCCGUUCAGGGUGUUCAGUAUCCCGCUACUUUUGCCGGGUUCAACAGAAACGGUACUGAUGGCGUGCCGAGCAUGACCGCCUUUAUCGACGAAGCUGUAUCCAAAUGUCCCAACACCAAGGUUGUUAUGUCAGGCUACUCACAGGGUGCCUUGGUAGUCCGCAGCACUGCCGACUCCUUGCCAAUAGACACAAUGUCUAAGGUCAACUCAGUUGUAACCUUUGGCGAUCCCCGAAACCCGUCCCGCAUUACUGGCGCAGGCAACAAGAGCUUGAUAAUAUGCCAUGAAAACGACGCUGUAUGUAGUGGUGGUUUCAUCACCAUUGACCAUCUGACUUACGCCGAAGAUGCAAGUGGGGCUGCCCAGUUCGUAAUGCAAAGAGCCAAUGCCUGA